AUGUCUGUAAUUCUGUGUACUGCUGGCUAUGACCAUACUAUCAGAUUUUGGGAAGCCCUCUCUGGUAUCUGUUCUCGAACAAUUCAACACCCUGAUUCUCAAGUCAAUCGAUUAUGCAUCUCCCCCGAUAAGCGUUUUCUAGCUGCAGCUGGCCACCAUACAGUUAAACUCUACGAUAUUAAGUCAACAAAUCCCAACCCACUUCUCACAUUUGAAGGACAUACAGGAAAUAUUACAGGAGUCGCUUUUCAUUGCGAAGGAAAAUGGAUGGUGACAAGUUCUGAAGAUGGAACCGUUAAGAUUUGGGAAACUCGAAGUGGCACUGUUCAACGAAGUUAUAGUCAUGGCUGUCCAGUCAACGAUGUAGUGAUUCAUCCAAAUCAAGGUGAAAUCAUCAGCUGUGAUCGUGGAGGCAGUGUUCGCAUUUGGGAUCUUGCAGAAAAUAAUUGCUCUCACCAACUUAUUCCAGAGGAGGACGUACCUGUUUCUAGCGUCACCGUUGCAACUGAUGGAUCAACCUUGUGUGCUGGUACUAAUUCUGGCAGCGUUUAUGUUUGGCAGCUUCUUCAGUUCCGUGAGAAGACACAACUUAUGCCAAUUACUCACUUCAAGGCUCAUAACCAAUACAUCACCCGUGUUCUACUAUCACCAGAUGUCAAGAAGCUCGCAACCUGUAGUGCCGAUCAUACCGCCAAGAUCUGGGAGGUAGACUUUACAGCUCUUGCUCCAAACCCAAAUCAGCCACAAACGGAAGCAAGAGCAUUCAAUCUUGAGUCAACUUUAACUGGUCAUCAACGAUGGGUUUGGGAUUGCGCUUUUAGUGCUGAUUCUGCUUACCUUGUUACUGCAUGCUCCGAUCAUUAUGCUCGACUUUGGGAAUUACAUAGUCAAUCGGUUAUCAGACAAUAUAAUGGUCAUCAUCGCGGUACAUUGAUCCAAACAUUCCCGUCCAUUGCUUCAUCUGAUCAUUCAAAUUUAGGACUUGUUUGCGUUGCUUUGAACGAUUAUUCCGAAGCUCGUUAA